UUCAAGUUUUAAAUUUUAAGAAAAAUUUCAAUUUUAUUUGAUUUAAAAAUUUAAUUGUAAUGUUUUUUUUUCAUCAUCUAACAAUGGCUAUGGCUAUGCAAAACAAACGGGCCAAUCUACGUCUUCCGCCUGAAGUGAAUCGAAUUCUUUAUGUUCGUAAUCUUCCAUACAAAAUUACAUCAGAUGAAAUGUAUGAUAUAUUCGGUAAAUAUGGUGCCAUACGACAAAUUCGUGUUGGCAAUACACCCGAGACAAAAGGAACUGCAUUUGUCGUAUAUGAAGAUAUAUUUGAUGCAAAAAAUGCUUGCGAUCAUCUAUCAGGAUUCAAUGUUUGUAAUCGAUAUUUAGUCGUACUUUAUUAUCAACCAAAUAAAGCAUUCAAAAAAUUGGAUGUCGAUAAAAAAGAAGCCGAAUUGGAUCAACUAAAGAAACGAUACAAUAUCUAAACGACAACAUAUGAUAUAUUAUUCCAUUUAAAUGGAAUCUUUUUUUUAUUCGUUUGUAAAUAAUAUCAACAAAAAUUCAUUUUUAAUAAAAUUAA